AUUCGUUCUAUUCCUCACAUCCAGCCAGGCCAACAUGGCGGUCCACUUGGCACUGGUGGUGGCGUCUUUGCCCAUUACACUGCUUCUCUACACUGUUUGGAAACUAUUCUACAACGUCUUCCUGCAUCCACUGCGCUCCUUCCCCGGCCCACUGCUCGCCCGUGCCACCCUUCUGGUAUACAACAAGCAUAUUGCAGAUGGCGAUUCGCAUUUUUGGGUCAAGGCACUCCACGACAAGUACGGGCCAGUUGUACGCAUUGCACCAGACGAGCUCGUAUUCAGCGAGGCUGGCGCAUGGAAAGAUAUCUAUGGAUUCAAGAAAGGACAGGUCAAGGACCUGAAGUUUUACGGAACAGACACUGUCAGCCCACACGAACCAGGCAUCAUCAGGUCAAACGACGAGCGCCAUGCGAAGCAGCGCAAACUCUUCAGCUAUGCAUUUAGCGACAAGGCCCUGAGUGAACAGCAAGCGCUGAUUCAGACGUAUGCCAAUUUACUUUGCGAGAAGCUCAGUGCCAAGGCGGCCAAGAACGAGAAGGUCAACUUAUGCAGGUGGUUUAAUCACACUACCUUCGAUGUCAUGGCCGACAUGACCUUUGGUGAAUCCAUGGGCUUGCUGGAUGGCUCGCCGAAUCACGAAUGGGUUGACAAUCUUUUCGAGUUCCUACAGUAUAUAGUCUAUAUGCGUAUCGCAAACUAUUGGCCAAGCAUCACGUUCAUCUUCAAAGCUCUGAUGCCAAAAAAUCUAAAACAACGGCUCAUCAGUCACCAACAAUUCACACUUGAACGCGUCAACAAGCGUCUAGCACGUACGGCGGAAAAGCCCGACAUCUGGUCUUUUGUCGACAACAAAUUUGGAGACAAGGAGGGUGCUGUUACCCAGAAUGAGAUUACCGCCACCGGCGCAACCUUCAUGACUGCCGGCACAGAAACGACCGCAACCGAACUCUCUGGCUUGUCUUACUUGCUUAGCCAGCACCCGGAUAAGAAGCAGCGCCUUAUGGAUGAGAUUCGCACCACCUUUUCAUCAACAGAGGAGAUGACGUUGACCAAACUGUCACAAUUGCCGUAUCUCAAUGCCUGCAUUGAAGAAGGACUGCGAUACUACUCGCCGGUCGCAGUCGGGUUCCCCAGGAUGGUUUAUGGCGACAAUUUCCAGGUCUGCGACCGAUAUGUUCCGAAAAGGACCACUAUAUCCAUGUUCCAAUAUGCUGUACACCGAUCUCCCCUCUCUUUCCACCGCCCAGACGAGUUUUUGCCUGAACGCUGGUUGCCAGAGGGCCAGGCCGAGUUCGGCAACGACCGGAAAGAUGCAUUCAACCCAUUUUCGUAUGGACCACGGAAUUGUCUUGGCAAAAACAUGGCCUACCAUGAGAUGCGAAUCGUGCUUGCCACGUUCAUGUUCCACUUUGAUCUCGAACUUUGCCCCGAGUCUAAAGAUUGGAUGAAUCAAAAGACGUAUCUCGCGUGGUCCAGGCCUCCGCUGAUGAUGAACCUCAAGGCCCGAUGA